GUCCAAAGGCAUGAAUCAGUUAGAGAAAGUAUUCUGUCCAGGAGAUGUAUGAGAGGUUUUCCAUGCAGUUGAUCUGAGCUGCCAAAAGAUACUGGAGACAGAGCAGGGGGUUGAUAAAAAUCAGAAGGGGUAUGAUGUAAUCACAGAAGCCUGCAGGAUCCAGUUUGAAGUGGAUGAGAGUAGGAGUUUUACACUAGAUCAGAAGGACAUAGCAAAGGUAAUAAGUGAUAGCACCAAAAAUAGUAAUAGGAUCAAAGGUCUAAAAUCCAUUGGGGCAAAAGUUGGAGGCAGCAAGAGUAGACAUAUCUUUCAUGGUAGGAGUUAGGCUGUGAGGGUGAGGAGGUUGCCAGAUGGGAAUGAGGUAUUGGGAGGAGGAAGAAAAGAGGCUAUUAGAUGAUGGAAUGGUGGGUGGGGAAGAACCACAUUAUAUCUGCUUGAAAGGAGGAAAAGAAAAGGUGCAGAGAUCAUUGCCACAACAAUAAAUCACUGAGAAACUAGCAGAGGGAGGAGGUGGGAAUGAAACUCAGUGGAGGUCUUUCAGUGAGUCAGGAGGUGGUGGAGAGGGAAUAAGGUGACCAUACUUAGCUGUAAGUGAAAGGUAGAACAGGAUUUGGGGAGGGAAAGAAAUAUAUUUAUUCUCUCACAGCUAAAAAUCCUACCUCAGCAAGCCAUGGAGAAGAACAUGGGGAUAGAGGGUGGGAAGCAAGUAAAUCUUGGAACAGCAUGAUCUAGGCAUUCAUUAAAAAAAAAAAAACACAGAGGGGAAAAAAAAAUCAGAAGCUCUUAACUGCAUAGACUGUAAGGAACAUAGCGGAAGAAAGGAGGGAGUUUUCGUGAAAAUAAAUAUAUAAAUAGAGCAUCCUGCAAAGUAACCUACUUUGGGUUUGAAGUGAUCAUUUAUCUGAGUGACUAGGUGGAGCCACUGGCAUUGCAGCAAUUUAACUGUGCUCAGAAAGGGAUGGGAAAAAAUCCUGAUGUCUGCAUAGACAAGAAGGAGUUAAUGCUUGUCGAGCAUUAUUCUUAUACAAAUUAAGUCCAGAGCACAGCAGCAGCCUCACCAGCAGGAGCAGAUGCUAGGCAGUGAUGCAACCUGUGUUAUUUACUUAGGCCUCUGUAGUGACCUCAGUGGCUUGCAGACAAAGGACACACAUAUCUGGAGGAACGUUUAGAAGCCAUGAUGCGUCGGUCCCUUGAACGCAGCCAGCAGCUGGAACAGAAGCAGAAGCGAUGGUCGUGGGGAGGAGCACUGGCUGCAGGCUCAGGAGGGAGAGAUGGUGAAUCAGAAAAUACCCCACCCCCUGUUCUAGGUUUAGCUGCCAACACCCUUCCUCCAGACCCUGUGACCUCUACUGCUCCUGCUGAUUCCUUCAAUGCAUGUGACAAACUUUCAGCUUCUACAAUGAAUCUGCCAAAGCAAAUGGACUCGCCAAUCAGUAAGCGCCUCUCCUCCUCCACCGCGGCCAUAACACAUUCCCCCGACAGAGCUCACCGCAUGCAUCUUAGUCCAAUGGAAAACUUUAUUGUUUCUCGACUGCUGACUCCCACACAGUCAUCUUUAGCCAGAAGCAGAAGUACAUUAAUGCUUUCUGAGCAGUACAAUACUCCAGUAUUCCAUAUCUGUCCUCGUGUAGCACCAGCUAGUCCUCUUAAGUCUCCCUACAAGGCUUCUCCCACUCGGAGCACCGACAGGAAGAAGGCGACUUCACCCUCCACCUCCAGUGCCAUGAAAGGGGCGCCUGCAGCCGAAGUUACUCAGACUGAGAAGAUAAAGAAAGAGAAGCGAUCCACAACACCUGGUUCCUCAUCUGGUAUGGGAUCUCCUCUGAGAAGGUCUGAUUCUCCUGCUGCCAUGUCCAGAAGAUCUGCAUCACCUGCAACACCUAAGACAGUUGCAAAGACUUACCCACAGUCUCCUAAAAACACCAAACAAUAUCCAGCUUCUCCUGUGAAGCAUCGUGCCACUUCUAAUCUCAACCAGGAAACUCCUAAAAAGAAAGCAGACAAGGAGAAAGAAAAUGCCGGCCAUCAGAAGUCCCCAGGAGCGCGCCCUGACGAGGCAGGCCAGGUGGCUCCUGAGAAGCACGUGCCUUCUGCUGGGAAGAAUGAGAACAGUGAAGGGAAGAUCACAGCAGGAACAAGUGAUGCAGAAGAAGCUUCCAAAAUUUUAGCUGAAAAAAGACGACAGGCCCGCCUGCAGAAAGAACAAGAAGAAAAGGAGAGGCAGGAAAGAGAAGAACGGGAAAGGCUUGAAAGAGAGGAACAGAAGAGAAAGGCAGAAGAAGAAAGGCUUCGUCUGGAAGAAGAAGCUCGUAAGAAGGAGGAGGAAAGAAAACGUGAAGAAGAAGCAGCCAGAAAAAAGGCAGAAGAGGAAGCCAGGAGAAGAGCUGAGGAAGAACAAAUGCUAAAGGAAAAGCAGGAAAAAGAGCUCCAGGCCAAGCUUGAGAAACAGAGGGAAGAAGCAGAAAUCAAAGCCCGUGAGGCAGCUGAACAACUUCGUCUUGAAAGGGAACAAAUCAUGCAGCAAAUUGAGCAAGAAAGACUGGAACGGAAGAAGAGAAUAGAUGAAAUAAUGAAGAGAACAAGGAAGAGUGAAACACCAGAAAUAAAGAAGGAAGAGCCAAAACUGGAGAUACCAUCAACUCUGAAUGUGGAAAAGCAACCAAAGGCACUUGUUCUCAACCAGCCAGAGAUCAAUGGAUUGGCAAGCUGCCUGAAAAGUAAAAGCUUAGAAAGUGCUUCUUCUGUAACCCCUUCCCAAGAUGUAGUUGCUAAUGGACUGAAGUCAGUUCCAGGACUUAUUCAGCUGGAAGCUGUAGAUGGGAAAUCAAACAGCAUGGAAGAUUCAACAGAUGAGGUUCAGUCCAUGGAUGUGAGCCCGGUUUCAAAAGAAGAACUUAUCUCUAUUCCCGAAUAUUCACCCAUGAAUGAACUUAUGCCGGGUGUUUCUUUGGACCAAAAUGGGACAAGUAAUGCCAAGGCUCUUGAAGACCUCUUGGAUUUCACAGGACAAGCUACCUACUCCAAGACGUCCAGUGAUACCAUUAGCCUAGAUGACUGUAACAAAAACUUGAUUGAGGGAUUUAACAGUCCAGGACAGGAAAAUACACUUAAUUCUAUCUGUUGACAGCCUCGCUUUUCAGCAGAACAGAUACAGUGGUAACAAUUUGUGGAGGAUUUAUAUCCCUGUGAUGCUACUGGCAGUAAAAUAUGUGCUUGUCACUUGAAAAAGCUUUCUGCAGUCCUUGAACACUGGAUUCCAAAUAAUCAGAGCUGAAUAUAAGUUGUCUUCCCAGGGAAAUAAAUAUGUUGAGUAACUGGCUGCUUUUGGUAAAAACCAAUGAUCUAGAGCCUUGAUGGUUUCAGGGAAGACGGAGUGUGCAUUAGAAUUUGAGCUUUAGCUGCUAAUAAAGCACUUACUUUUUCUUUUAGUUUAAAAUUCAUCUCAACACUUCACUGUGAUUUUUACCUGUGCAUUUUAUUUUGAAAUAAUUCUUCCCUAAACUUUAUCAUACACCCAUUUAGACAUCUUUUUCUUGUAAAUAAAGAUGGGGUUUGCCCACAGUGCAUUGAAACAAAAUAAUAUACUGUACUUUAGUUUUGUGCCUAUCUUUUUUGUCUCUAAUAAGGAAUUAUUGGCAACUUUUAUGAGGUGUAUAAUUCAAAACUAUAACUGAAGAGGCUUGAAAAACAUACAACUGCUGGAAUCAAAAGAGGCUUCUUAUUGACUGUGGAGUGUGGGAACUAUCCCAUUACGGUUACAUUGACACUUUUAGUCACUAGUGGCACUUACUGGUUAAUAUUAAUUAGUCUGGGAGCAACUAUCAACUGUGUGUUUGAAAACAUGUUUGUGUAACACCUGUAAGCAAAGUAGGCAGAACGCCUGGUGUAAUCCCUUAAUAUGUAUGUAGUAUAGCUGUAGUAGAUCCAAGUGAUGGUCAGGAGGGUGAGAUAAUAUGUUCACUUUUGAAGAUGCAGACACUUGAUUGAUACCAGCAGGCUUUCGAUCACACAGAGAAGUAUUUUGUAUUCUGUAGACUCAACAAAAUGAGAUUUAGUCAGCAGCAAAACAAUAUGUGAAUGUUGCAGCAGAAACACAAAGGCCAAGACACAUGCAGGGAACUGGGGGGCCCUUAACAUUCUGUAUGGAACAGUUCACAUCAGGAUGUACGAGGUCUGGACAUCAUGUGCCAUACAAUGUUAACUUUAUUUCUGUUGGUGAACCUUUAUGCUAGAUCAGGUGCUGCUUUAAGGACUUUUUUGUUCUGUUCCUUAUAAGAAUGAAUUUUAAAUACAACUCUCUUUGGACACUAACACAAAAGAAGUGAAAACUUGAGGGGGUGGGGUUUUUUAUUUGGUUUUGUUGGGGUUUUUGUUUGUUUGGUUUUGGGGUUUGUUUCCACAUGUAAGGGAGUUCACAGUAUAGACUGAGCUCAGUUGUAGCACUGUUUUUGUGUUCUUUAAAGUCAGCAACGGGAAAGUAACCAGUGAUAUUAUGUGCAAUGCAUAAAGAAAUCAUACCUACAACAACCCAGCUUUAUUUAUGUUAGUGUUCUUCAAAGAAAUAUUUUCUUUGGACUGUGCAGUAAGCUGUAGCAUGGUACUGUGUCUUCCAAAUUAGUCCUUCAUCUAUUUCCUAAAUAAUAAACAAACAGAAACAGUUUGUUUUGCUGUAAUACAUUGUGUUUGACAAAUGUCAUAUUAUAUUUUAUUAUGGUGUCAUUGUAUAACCUGUAGAUUUCUGUAUUUGCAUGACCUGUAUAGCAUGUAUAAAGGUGAAAUACAUUUUCAUUUAUGAAUCUGA